AAAAUGAGUUUCUAUUGAAGGAGAAAACAGAUCAAAGUUUUCUUCCUCUUCAGGUAAAGUCUGCUGACGUCACACUCAGGGAUCGGCUGCGUCACGUGGUACAAAUUUCCAAACCGGUGUGUGUGUUUUCCGAAAAAUGUAGAGGCACGAUAGUAGAAAAGGUAAACUAUGCUUAAGGAAGAACGUAACAUGGAGAUGUUGUUUUCCAUACUUUAUGGUGUUGAUGCUGAGAUAGUAGUUACAGUCGUAUGAAUACCCAAUCAGACGUCUAGUGCUUGAACAGGGAUAAUUGCAUUCUCUGGAGAAGACUCGACAUUGAGUCCAAAACAUGCCCCACAACGACGAUGUGCCGAAGGGCUCGCUUCUGAGCCUUCACAGCUUGAAUUAUCUCAGGGAUUCUGAACACUCUUUAAGCUCCGAACAUCUGCCACCUCCUCCCCUACUGGACCAACCACCGGUGGGACCCGAAUUUGACCCCGGUGGAGGCGAGGACCACAACGAUUCCGCCAUGGACAUCAAACCCAUCCGCCGUUUUAUCCCAGACUCAUGGAAGAACUUCUUCAGGUCCAGUAGUGGAAGCAGCAAACUUAAGUCCAUGCUUGGCUCCAGCCACAAGAGCUCCAUUACUGAGGGUGUCCGUUGCUCUCCACCCCACACUCCAUCAGUUCCUGGCUCUUACCGCGACCCGUAUGGAGGCUCCGGGGGCAGUUCUAACAUGCGGAAAGAGCGCGAAGCCAUGCUGUUGGGCGUUUCCAUGGGAUCAGACGAUGGCCAUACAGUACGCACCGCUUUGACGUACAGCGAAAAAGUUGAGGAAUACAAUCAGCGUUACUCCUACAUGAAGUCCUGGACGGGACUUUUACGCAUUCUGGGUUGCAUCGAGCUGCUUUUGGGGGCAGCGAUUUUUGCAUGCGUUUGCGCUUAUAUUCACAAAGACAAUGAGUGGUACAACAUGUUUGGAUAUUCGCAACCUGGCGGAUUUGGCGGAGGUUAUGGAGGCUCUUACGGAAGUGGUUAUGGAGGAGCUUACGGCAAUGCAUACUACACCGGACCCAAGACACCUUUCAUCCUAGUAGUGGCGGGACUAGCGUGGUUAGUUACUGUUAUAAUGUUAGUCCUGGGUAUGACCAUGUACUACCGAACUAUCCUUUUGGACUCAAGUUGGUGGCCUUUAACAGAGUUCUUCAUAAAUCUGGCACUUGCUCUCCUGUUUUUGGCAGCUGGUUGUGUUUAUGUGAAUGACACUUUACGAGGUGGACUUUGCUCUUAUCCGGUCUUCAAUAACGGUAUCAAUGGUGCUUUCUGUCGCACAGAGGCCGGACAGACAGCAGCCAUCAUUUUCCUGUUUUUCACCAUGAUUGUAUACUUGGUUGGAGCCAUAGUGUGUUUGAAACUGUGGCGGCACGAGGUGGCUAGACGACUCAGAGAAGGGCACGGGCAAGAGAUGCAGCUGAGAGAAUCUCCUGCUGAUGUGCCUUUGGUUGUUGAUGGUUCAAGGAUCCCAGAGCAUGUUUUGGUGCCAGUACAGCACGCACCCGCAGCCGCCCCUGCCGUCUCUAAGCCCAAAAUCAUGAAAGGGCAUAUUCCCUCUGGACACACCCCCAAACCUGUCAUCAUGCCGGACUACAUCGCUAAGUAUCCAGUUAUUCGAACGGAUGAGCAGCGUGACCAGUAUAAAGCUGUGUUUAAUGACCAGUACUCUGAGUAUAAAGAACUGCAUACUGAGGUUCAAGCGAUUCUGAAGAAGUUUAAUGAAAUGGACAUUAUGAUGCAGAGUUUACCUCAAAACCCCGCCAGUAAGAUGGAGCGAGACAGCAUCAACAAAAUUCUUCAGGAGUAUCAGAGGAAGAAGUUGGAUCCUUCAUUUCUGGAGAAGAAGGAAAGAUUUGAGUAUCUGAAGAACAAACUCUCGCACAUCAAGCAGAGAAUUCAGGAGUACGACAAAAUCAUGGGAUGGAAUGACGGUUACAGGUGAAACGAGCCACGCUAGAUUCUAACGGCAGAAUCGCCUGUGAUGGUCCUUCAUUUUCACAAGACGUUGUGUUACAUCUUCAGAGCCACACGUGACGGGAUGGUAACGCAUAUGUUGCAAACCGUAAAGAAAUGAGGGAAUAACCAAUCUUGCAUGCUCUGACUAUAAGCUCUUUGAGCCUUGACCACCGACUGAAAAAUAUAAUUUUUCAUACCUCAUUUCAUAUUGCUGACUAAAAGUGCAUCAGUUGAUUCAUGCUUAAAGAAAUGCUAUGUGAUUAUGCUUUCAGCCUGUAGAUGUAUGCAAACCUAUAGUUUAAGUCCACUAAAACUAUUUUUAUUGGUUCAUUUUACUGAUUUUAUGCACUGUUUUCACUGAAUUUAUCUACUGCUGUAGGCUAUUUUACUAUUUGAACAACAAAACAACAUUUUAAACACAGAAAUAUAGGCAUUAUCCAUAUUUUUCAGUGUUGAAAAUGUAUACAUUCAGGUUUUGUGUGAAUGCUUUAAAGAUUGAAAAGUCAGACCAUUUCAUGCUAAUUUGUAUGCAGUCUUUUAAUAAUAAUAAUAAUAAAAAGUCAUUUAAA